AUGCCGAACGCUGGCGGUCUAACUGACCGCGAAGCUGCGAUCGACUCCGUGAUCCGCUUCGUCUGUGCUCUCGACGAAGGCGACACCGACCUCUCAGCUUCAUCCCUGACCGCUGACGCAAUCAUGGACCUCACACCGUUUAAAAUGGUCGGAAUGAACUACGAAGUCGUACAUGGGCGCAAGAUAGUCGUCGAUCGGCUAAUGACAACCGUCGGAACGGCGCUAGACACGACGCACAGCGCGACGAACAUCCGCUGCACAGUGCAGGGCGACACUGCGGGGCUGACGUGCUGUGUGCUAGCGCAGCACUUCCGCAAAGGCGAAGGCCUGAAUCCGGAGUUUCAGGACUAUUAUCUAUUUGGCAACCAGUUUAAGUGCAGUGUUGUAAGGGAAGGGGAGUUAUGGAGGAUUAAGAGCCUAGUGAUUGCGCCAGCAUGGACGCAGGGAAAUCCAGAUGUCAUGAGAAUAUAG